CGAAUAAAUGGACAGCUCAAUCCAAAACUCAUACAACAAGCAGCGAGGUCACAUUCGAUCCGCAUCGCUGGAGAAUGCGAAUUCAUUUAUAUCGAAGAAUACCCUAGGGCUGCCUUUAGUGCAGCCGGGCUUUACCGGCACACUCAAGUCACGCAACGAGCAGAAGCGACUGCGCAACAAAUUUGGCAGUCAAAGUAAUUUAGAGGAUUACGUUCAACAGAGCCGAUCAAAGUUUCAAAAUAUACGAAGUAUGUUUGAGGCAACUAAAAGUAGUGGUAGCGGGGAAUGUGAGACACAACAAAUGCCACAACAGGCACAACCACAGCAGCUGCAACAGCAACACCAGCAACAACAACAACAAUCGCAACAGCAGCAACAAAUGCAUCCAAUCAAUCAAAUAAAUCAUUCCCAGUACCAGCAAAAUAUUCAUAUGGCGACAGUGAUGCAUGCGCAUCCAGAACUGGGUCACCGAGGGAGCAGUGCAACCAGCAACUAUAGCACCAGUAGCUCCAGCAAUCACCAUCAUCAUCACCACCCGCAGCUGAAGAGAACCACAAUGGGCGGCGGAGUGGAGUAUAGUGAUAGUUUGAAUAUCGUUGAAACAGACAGCAGUGGCAGCACUGAUCGUGUAAAUCGUUCAGAAAAAUCAGAUCAGGCAACAAAUCUUCUGCGGCCCAUCGCAUUCAAGCCAAUCCCCUUCGAACCAGAUUAUAGCAUUCCGGUGAGAUAUAACGAGCUGGGUGAUCGUUAUGGAUCAACGCCUUCCCUGGCACCAGUUCAAGGCUCCAAUCUAAGAUUUGGAAGUACCACUGACCUUCGGCAUGGUUACUCGUCCAGCAAUAGUUAUUGCAAUAAUUUAAUGGCACGUCGAAGGUGUUCCAGAUCGUUGAAGAUCAACGAUAGCAUGGAAUCGAUUCGACAUACACCCGACUCAGAUGCAAUUAGCCAAAAUAGUACUUUAAAAUCAAACUGUGGUAAUACUAAAUACAUCAUAAGUGAACAAUUCGAUAUGACACCAUCACCAUCCGAUUCAGGAAUAUCCGAGCUAGAAGCUGCAUUAAAAGAUCGUGAUUCAGAAUUGUCAUAUUUGCGACAGACAAUGGAACAUAAUGAAAAAGUGAUUUUCAAAGUUCAAAAAGAUAAAGAGGCUUAUUGGGAAAAUGAAACAAAACGUUUAAAAGCUUAUUAUGAAAAUCAACAAAAAGAAUUUUUAUUGAAAAUUAAAAAAAUGGAACAAAUGUUGACAUUGCAGUCAUUUCAAUUUAAGCAAAAUAAAUUGAGAAUUACAGAGAAUACAAAUCGACUGAAGGAACAAUUUGGUGAUUUGAAGAAAGAAAGUGAAUUGUUAAAAAGUGAAAAUGAAGGUCUCAAGACAUCAGAACGCUCAAUACGGGAUUGUAUUAAUCAAUUGGAAGAAAAAACCCGCAUUAUGGAUGGUCUUAUAGGAAACCUAAAAGCCCAACUGGAAGAAAACGAAUGGACUGUAUGUCAACGUAAUGGUGAAAUAGCUUUACUAAAAAAUCAACUCAAAGAGGCUAAUCUUGAAUUAACUGCAAAAGAUCAAGAAAUCCUCCACCUCAAACACGAUCAAACAACAACAACAACAACUCCAUCAGCCGCUGAACCAACUCCUCCAUCGCCAUCAAUUCAAGCCCAAGAAGUCGAAAUUAGUCAACUAAAUCGUAUUAUUAUCCUUAAAGAUCAAGUAAUUUUAGCACUUACCAAUGAACUUGGCAAGCUGCGCAAAGAACUUUCCGAUCUUGCCAUUUUUCAUGAAUACGGUGAAGAACCGUCGGGAAAACUAAGCCGACUGAAAUAUCAAAUUGAUAAAAUUUCCAACAUCUGUCAGAAAAACCAAAUGAACAACGAAGAGAAGCAAAAAGAUCUCUCACCAAAGACAAUUGACGAUUCGAAUCUUGAAGUGAUUAUGAAUUGUCUACAAAUUGUCCCGCCUUUUAUUGAGCCCCCGCAAAGGCCAUUGGAACGACAUUUGACACCCGAGUCACGUUUGGCACAAAUGUCAACUGAUAUACAGAAUUUUGUAUAUGGUACAUUAAAUUUGCCAGAUAUUGCUCAAAAUUCACAAUAUCUUGAUGAGAAGAUGGCGUCAAAAGAUGAAGUUAGUGUGUUGAGAAAGGAAUUGGCUGAAUUGAGGGGCAAUUUCGAAAUGGAACGACAUCAGUGGGCGGAAGAGAAGGAAAAAGUCCUCAAGUAUCAGAAGCAAUUACAAAUGCAUUAUAUCAAUAUGUAUCAGAAAAUCAAAGACUUGGAUAGCAGUAAUAGUUCGGAGGCUGUUUAAGAGAGGGAGAUCAUCUUUUUUUUUUUUUUUGUUUAAGUAAGAGACAAAAGAAAAGAUUUUUAGUUACAAAACUUAUUUAAUUUAUUGAUCGUGUGU